CAGCAGCAGCAGGCACUUCAGCUGGGCUGACAGUCCAACAGGACAGUUCAGAAAUGGUGGAACUUGAGAGGGGUGUCCUCAUGAGCAAAUACAUUCUGUUCAGGCUCUCCAAGGAGCCAAAGAAAAGAAUUUUGGAGCUCAUGAAUGCUCUUUUCACCCGGAGAGAGAUGGCCAUGUCCUCUCUUACCGGGAGGACGACCAAUGCCUUCAGGGACCAUGAGGCAAAACCCCAACUUUGCCCAAAGAAGGUGUCGGCAAUCUGUUGUGUGGUACGGUUGCCAGAAAUUCCCAAAAAGCUGCAGCCACUCAAACCGUUGGUGAGGAAGCCUCUGGAAUCGGUGGUUCGAUACCUGGAGGCCCACCCGUGUCCCCCCAAGCCAGAGGGCCAGCGCACUGCCACCAUCACCACCAGCAGCAUGACGCCCAUCAAGUCCUCGCCCAUCCUCAACAACGGCUCACCCACCAUCCUGGGCAAGCGCAACUACGAGCAGCACAACGGCCUGGAGGGCACCAAACCCAAAGCGCUCACCCCUCAGUGGGACAUCAUGUCCAAGCGUGUUUGUGAGCCGGGCAGGACCGCCCCCCCUCUGCAGGACCAGGUUCAUGAGCUCGACUGACGACCCCCCUCCCCUCCCCUCCCCAACCCCCUCACCCUUCAAGGCCUCAGACAGGAGGCGGCUGAGGGAAUAUGACGUCCACAGUGUUUGACCACCAGCCAGCCUGCACUGUCCACUCUGCCAGUCACUGAGCCCGAGCCUUGCAAGAACCGACCAAUCGUCUCACCGGGUUAUAGGCUUCAACCUAUCUGAGGGCUCGGCUGUCUGUACAGGACUGUUUAAUCACCAUUAUUAUUGUUGUUGUUAUUAUUGUUGUUGUUAUUAUUAUUAUUAUUAUUAUUAUGACAAUGUCUGCCAUUGUAAUAUUAUUCUUGUUCUUUUUUUAUCAGCUGUAAUCAUAUGCUUAUCAGUUUAUUGUUGAAAAAAAAAGAAAUUGAAGGAAUGCAAAAAAUACAAAAAAACUAAAAAAAAAACAUGAAGCCCAUUGAGGCCCGAGAGAACUCCAGGGCCACCUGCAUCAGUUUUGCCCUGUUUUUUUUCGGUUUUUUUCCCUGUUUUCCGAACUGUAAAAAUGACAAAAACAUGAAAAAGAGAGGGGAUGUUUUUUUGUAUGUUUGUUUGACUGGAUGAAUUCCCCCCUCCCCUGUUCUGCUUGCAAUUUUUGAUUUUUGUUUUUAUUUUAUUUUUUUCUGUUUUGUUUGUUUUUUAAAGGAAAAAAAAAAGUCCUCUAAAUCCCCUCUGCACGCUGAUGGAUUUAACUUAUUGAGAAAGACUGAAACGUGCUCUUUUUCUACCUUUUCAUAAAUAAUGCAUCUUCUGCUUCGAUGAUGUCAUUAAAAACAAGACUAUUUGGUUG